AGAAAGACCUGUUUUAUUAAAGGUUUAAAACUUUUAAAAAUAUCAUCUGACCUGCAUCUGGAAGCUCAGCACAAUGUAACUGAAAAGCAAAGAUGCCGCGGGGAAAAAAAUCAUGUAUUUAUGGGAAUUUCUUUUAAAUAUGCAAAAGGAAUGUUUUUACAUUUUUUUUAAUCUGGACGAGAUGCAACAACGUAUACAGCAGAAUAAACGUCAAUUCAGUAGUUUCGUGUGUUUUUUUUUCUUCUUCACUGAAUAGAAUUCUAUGGUUGUUUUUCUCCGAAACACUGUGAAUUACAUUGAAGGUAAAACGUGAAUGUCUACCUUUAGACUGUGGCAGGCUGUCGAAAUGCUAAAGAAAUUCAAUGCGAUAUUCCGCCCGAAUCACCCACCAAAAGAUAGGGUAGCUGGUGAAGGACGCGACAAGGCGAGAGCGUGUGCCGUCAAGCUUGUGCGCAGUACUUCAAUGCUGAUCGUCGGCGAAAGUCGACAGAAGGUCGGUGAGUCAGUGUUAAAAAGAAGUAAGAGCUCGGUGAGCAUUGAAUCCACUGCCACUGCGAUUUACUUCUACAGACAGGAGGAUAGGAUGUGGCUCUACUCCAGAACCCAGGACUGUCUGCAAUACCUGGAAGAUCUAAUGGCACUCAGGAGACAGUACGUGAAUAGAGUUCACAAUUUACAAACGGCCGGGAAAAAGGCAGAAGAAAAGCAAAAGGACUCUCCCAAUGCCUCCGGGACUAAGCGGAAAAAGGCACCGCCUCCGCCUCCAUCCAAAGGCAGAUCAGAAAAUGAACAAGCCCGAACAUCCAACCCCCCAGCCAUAACUAGUGAGGUGGAUACUUUGGAACUCCUUGAUUCUGUGAUUGCCAGUUAUGAUUCAGAGCAAAAAAACAAAAUUCAUAUUGAUAAUGGUCAUGCUGAUGUUGACUUUAUUGUUGCAACCAGUACCAGUGAACAUGAUUUACAUUCUAACUGGAUGUUGCGUGCCCCCAGGACAAUAUCAACAGAUGAAUUCAAGGUUAAAACUCCUGGUCAUAAAUCUUGGAAAAAGACUGGUGGAAUGUCGAUGUGCAGCAAGAAGAAACUAGAACGAAACCCCAUUCAUUUACCCAAAGUAGCAGAGUGUGGUUUACAGACAUUACGAAUCAAACCAAAAACAAAGGAUCAUUAAAGGGUACAUACUUUAACUGCUUGGUUUUGGACAUCAUUAAUAGUCACAUUAAUAUAAUACUACCUCAUAUUAUAAUCCAUAUAUAAUGAUACCAAUAAAACUAUGACUUUUGCUAUUUUUCUCAUAUAUUUUAGAAAAAUGUGAUGUUUUCCUUGAAUAUACUAGUAUGGCAAUAUAGUGUAGUUAAUCCACUGGAAAUUAAACUACAAGUUGUUGGCCAGAUAUAUAAUGACAUAGAAUAACACAAUGAAAAGACAGAAUUCCUUAUCCUAGAUUACAUCUUGUAUGUAAACCCCUAAAACAUUCCUUACUAAUGUUGUCCAUUAGAGUAAUGACUACUAAAUCAUUUUUAAAACACACAUCUUUUACUUUGUUAUAGCUGUUCACCUUUCCUUAGAAAUAGUAGAAAUUAGAACAUCAGAAAAAUUGUUAAGAGAACAAGUCAUUCAGCCCAACUAGUUCAUCUGUACUAUUUACCUAGAAUGUCCAAAAUAAUGUCAAAUUGAGAUUAGAAGGUCCCUAAAGUCCUGUGGUCCACCAUACUACUUGGUAAGUUAUUCCAUGUGUCUGUGGAUCUUGGCAUGUCUGUUUUUAACAAUUUAAAACUGUGUUCUGGUUGCAGAGUUUAACUCAGAUACUCUAUACGUCUUCCUUUCAUAAUUGUAAACACUUCGAUCAUGUCAUCUCCUAGUCUCCAUUUGUUUAAACUGAAAAGGCUCAACUCCUUCAAUUUCUUCUAAUAGCUCAUAACUCUUAGUUCCAGAAUCAGCCUUGUCGCCCUUCUCUGGAUCUUGUCUAAUGCUGCUAUGUCUUUUAUUGUGUUAUGGAGACCAAAACUCUACACAGCACUCCAGAUGAGACCUCACUACUGCAUUAUAUAAUUUAAGCAUAACCUACCUUGACUUGUACUCUACACAUCAUACUAUAUGACCUAACAUCCUAUUAUUUGCCUUUUUGAUUGCUUCUGUAAACUAUGCAGAUGUACAGUAGAUAGUGAUAGGUUCACUAUGACUCCUAGGUCCUUUUCACAAUUUGUACUUUCAAGUUUUAGAUUACCCAUUGUGUAUUAAAAUAUAACAUUUUUACAUUUUACAUGUAAUACUUUACAUUUACUUUAGUAAAUUUAAUGUGCCACAAAUCUGGCCAAGACUCUAUGCUGUCCAAGUCCCUCUGUAACAAUUCAACCGAUUCUACAUUAUCUGACCUUCAACCUAGUUUAGUAUCAUCUGGAAACAUAACUAGGUUAUUUGUUAAAUUCUUGUACGAAUUAUUUAUUUACUUUCAAAAAUUGCUACAACACACAUUCCUGAUCAGGGCACACCACGUUU